AUCAGUUUUGAAUGGGACACAAGUGAAAAUGGACCUGCUUUCGCAGAAAAAUCUUAUCAUUGAGUACUGGCAAUAUCUAUUGCCUCUUUUUACUCUCGGGCUAAGUAUUUUGCUUUUGAAUUUUUCCCGGAAACCCAAUAAAGUCGUGGCCCCUCAGAAGAGUGUGGAAAAGGAUCUGGAUCCAUCCGAGACGGAAUCUCAACCGAGGGUUUCCGAUGAAGAUCUCGAUUAUGAUUCUGAUGCUCUAACACCGGCUCUUGAAGGAAUUCUCCAUCGACCAUACGAAGGUAUUAAGAAUACUUUUCCUGGAGGCAUUGAAAAGUUCUACGAGAUGGUCAAUGAUCGGAGGAGUGUGAGAAAGUAUAGUACAAGACCUGUUGAUUGGAAAACUAUUGAAAAAUGCAUUCAUGCAGCAGGCACUGGACCAAGUGGCGCUCACACAGAGCCCUGGACAUUCUGCAUUAUAUCAGACAGUGAGAUAAAGCAACAAAUCCGUGAGAUAAUUGAGCAGGAAGAGUACACAAACUAUGCUCAACGUAUGUCACGUCAAUGGACAACGGAUCUUACGCCCCUGAAGACAAAUUACGUAAAGGAAUAUCUCACGGAUGCGCCAUAUCUCGUCCUGGUUUUCAAGCAAGCCUACAGCUAUCGUGCUGAUGGCAAGAAGAAACAGCACUACUACAAUGAGAUCUCCGUGGCUAUUUCGGUAGGAAUCCUUCUGUGUGCCUUUCAAAGUGCUGGACUUAAUUCUCUGGUGACCACUCCCCUCAAUUGUGGUCCCGCUCUAAGGACUCUUCUACAACGGCCUGCACAAGAAAAACUUCUUGUACUUCUGCCAGUUGGCUAUGCUGCUGACGACUGUGAGAUUCCAGACAUUCACAGGAAACCCGUAGAAGACAUUCUCGUGAAGUACUAACAAACCUAUCAUUUUCUUAAUUUUGAGAUCAAGGCAAAUGUGUCAGGCAAAUGUUUUAAAAUAAAAAAAUAUCUCGAUUUGGUGUUUAAA